UUUUCAAUGUUUUCGUUUGAGGCCGAGGCCACGUUAGUUUUAUGGUUAUAUUUUAUGGUGAAUUUUUAGUGGUAUAAGUUCCGUUUUGUAUACUUGUGAUUGUCCGUUAAAAUAUCGAUUACGAAUAUUCUUUUCAGUAAAAAACUACUAUUCAUAUUUGUGACUCAACAAUACAGUUAAUGCUACCUUUUUGAUUCAGUUGAGUGAUGUGCUUUGUAGACAAGGAAUAAUUUAUGUUCUGAUAAGGUUAUUAUAAAAUCAUGUCGCUUUUUAGCAAAGUUAUAUUUAGCAAUCUGAUGAAAUUCGGAUGUCUAAGUACACCUAUUUCUAAAUUUCAUAUAACACAAUUUCGCCCACUUGUAGUUGCACCUGCAAUUACAUUGAAAUCUCGAUCGUACUGCCAAGAACACUCUACAGAAGAGGGAAAAGAAGAGAAAAAAAUUGUUGAUUCUGCUAAAGAUCGAUCCAAGAUCAUUCCAGUUGAAGUUAGCAUACAAUAUUUACAGAGUUCAGCAUACAAAACUACAUAUGGUGGGGACCCUGUAUGGAAGCAAUAUAGGAGGAACCAUUUAGGACAGAUACCACCAAGAAAAACUAGGAAAAGAUGUAUUAGGCAAGAUAUGAUUUCUACUGGUAACCCAUGUCCAAUCUGCAGAGAUGAAUAUCUAGUGUUGCAUCCAAAGAAUAUAGAACUGUUGAAGCAAUUUAUAUCCCCCCACACUGGUGCCAUCCUAUCUUAUCAGUUGACAGGACUAUGUCAGAGGCGUCAUAUAGAGCUUGAAGUAGCUAUCAUGCAAGCAAAGGAUAUGGGAUUAAUAACGUUUGAUUUACCCUUUCAAAAAUAUGACUAUUCAGAGUAUGUUGAUGUAAGAAAGUUACAGUAA